AAAUGCAAUAACCAGGUACGUCAUAUACAUAGAAAUAUUAUGUGCUGGUUAUUUAUUGAAGUUUAUUAGUCUGAUUUCUCGGAUACGAAUUCGACACUAACGUUGCAUUUCAUGUUCAUUUUUUAACAAAUUUAUCAAUUCGGUUUUAGUGGGUACCUCUCUGAACGAGUAAAGAUGUGAUUUCAGCGGUUCAUGGGGCUUACUUUGCUGCCUUGUAAUAGAUCGUUGGAGAUCUUGAUGAAAAUGGGAAUGCUCAUCGUUUUGAAAUCACGUAUUCGUAGUUAAACUCAGAGACGUGAAGAAGAGUAAGAAUUGGGUCACUUUUGGGAUCUCUUAUUUUAGUUAUUGAAUGCAACAAAUGCCUUUUUUUUUUUUCCUAAUGGUUCUCAACAAAUGCCUCUCCCCAUGUCUAGCACAACAAAAUGACCAGGAUGAAGCUCUGAUGAAACUAUCGAAAAUCGAUAAUUAUUUUAAUGUUGGUCCUGCCUUUUGAUAGAAGGCUUCCGCCUAAAUCCUUAUCCUGUGAUCCUCAGAAGAACCAAUUUUUGAUUCUUUGGUUUCUUUCCCGUCAAAAUGGGAGUCGCAUUAUGGGAAUCCGAGAUUUGAAUCUGAAUUGCGGGGUUGUGGUGGCAGACCUGAUUGUCAAUACUGAAUGUAAAUCUUAAAUGGCAUUGGGGACACUAGUUAUUUGACAAAAUUUGCAGGGCUGGAGGGUUGCUUGGUAAUCUUUAUAAGCAAAUAUUUUGGACAUAGCGAAGUGAAUCCUUGUUGUUGGAAAGGAUUAAAGGGCAUCAUGGGAAAUUGGAAAGAGAAAAAUGAGUUCUUGGAUUAUAAAAAUUUAGCUGUUCAUUUUGAUCUUAAGCUGAUUUGUGAAGUUGUAUGUUAGAAUUUAUUUUUGAUGAGGCCUGGCUUCGCAUGAUCUCACGAAUCAGGGGUUAAAUGGCUAACAUACUGGAGUCGGUUCUCAUUUUUUUGUACAGCUGAGAAGUUGUGAACUGAAGAUGGUGAAGUUGACGAUGAUUGCCCGUGUUACUGAUGGUCUUCCACUAGCAGAGGGACUGGAUGAUGACCGCAAUUUAAAAGACGCUGAAUUCUACAAACAGCAAGUCAAGGCUCUGUUUAAAAAUCUCUCAAGAGGUCAGAAUGAGCCUUCAAGGAUGUCAAUUGAAACCGGCCCUUAUAUUUUCCACUAUAUUAUUGAAGGACGCGUUUGUUACUUGACAAUGUGCGACCGUGCUUAUCCUAAGAAACUUGCCUUUCAAUACCUUGAAGACCUCAAGAACGAAUUUGAGCAUGUCAACGGGGCUCAAAUUGAAACUGCUGCCAGACCAUAUGCUUUCAUCAAAUUUGAUACCUUCAUACAGAAAACGAAGAAAUUGUAUCAGGACACCCGUACCCAGCGGAAUAUAGCAAAGUUGAAUGAUGAACUCUAUGAAGUGCACCAAAUAAUGACUCGCAAUGUUCAGGAAGUUCUUGGUGUUGGUGAAAAGUUGGACCAGGUCAGUGAAAUGUCUAGUCGAUUGACAUCAGAAUCUCGUAUAUAUGCUGAUAAGGCAAGAGACUUAAAUCGACAGGCAUUGAUUCGGAAAUGGGCCCCGGUUGCCAUUGUGUUUGGAGUUGUCUUCCUUCUCUUCUGGGUCAAAACAAAGAUCUGGUGAUCCAACUGACCACUCUGAAAACAUCGCGCAUUUGCUGUGCUUCUGUUGGCAUAAUAGUUCUAGAGUCCGGGUCUGUUGCCCAUCCACAUGCAUAGUUGAGUUGUGUUUCAAGAUGAAUUUUAGUCUUGGUGGAGGGCAUUGGCUAAGGAAGCUAGUUCAGUAGAUACCUCGGGGGAAUAGAUCCAACAAGAAGCUGUGAAAGAGAGACAUGUUGCCUUUUAAGACCAGAUAAAGUGCAAAAAUGUAUUUUUUCAGAAAAAUUUGAGAAACCUUGAUAUAUGUUUAUUA